UCCGUCAAGCAUAAAUGCAGCGAUGUAAUAUUAGCCUUUUGUGUAAAUAAUAAUCUACUACUUGUAGAUAUAGGCUACGAAACCCCUCUUUCAUCUUCACUGUUUAAAUCUCUCAAACAAACCCUAGCUGUUAAAUCCAAGAUUCUUGAAGCUACCGUCUUUGCCAUUUAAUUAAGGUGAUAUUGGGAAGUGACUUUGGAUGACUUGUGGUCCAGCAUGACGAUUACGAAAGUGUAUCGCUGUGUACAUUCGUCUACCUGUGUCUGCACGAAAGGACAUAUAAGUGAAGAAGUUAUUUUCUUACUACUACAGCAUUUGAAUUGGAAUCCUAAGAUAAUUGCAAGUCUUUCUCGUGUAUGCAAAUGGUUCGAUGAUCUUGCUAAAAGAGUGCUCUGGAAGGAAUUUUGCCGGACAAGAGCUCCCAAAAUGAUGCUUGAUUUGCAAUCUAGUGGGAGUCACAGUAUUGAUGGGAACUGGAGGGCACUAGGGAAAUUGCUUAUAUAUUGCUCAGGAUGUACUAAGGGUGGAUUGUUCAAUAGCACUCAUAUACCUGGCCACUUUGCGUACAGAACUCGGUUCUCUCGGACCUCAGGAAAAAGUUUUCUCUUACCUCAAUGCAGAUCAGAUAUUUUGUAUGUUUCAGACCCCUGUGAACAUCUUGACCAAGGGGAAGAGGGAGAUGUGGGGUUUUUCAGGGGCGUGUUUAAGUCGUUUGGAGUAUCAAAAGUUCGGAAAAUGCUGAUCGGUAGAGGGGCUAAACUUCAUCCUACGGAAGUGUGUCCAUAUUGCAAGGCAAAGCUCUGGAGCAUGCUGCAAGCGAAGAUGAUACCACAAAGUGCUAGCUGCAGGUUAGGGGCUUACGAUGAUGCAAUUGAGUAUUAUGUGUGUCUCAAUGGACAUGUUCUUGGAAUUUGCACACUUUUGCCAUUGUCUGAUUCAGAAGAGGCAUCUGAGUUGGAGUAAUUACUCAGUGGAAGCAGAAUAUAUUGCUGCUCUUUGUAGGUAUAACCGUUUAAAGAAAUUCAAGCUUUUAUUUGUUUGUUGUCGGAGGAUUUCUGCAAGCAGGGAAGACAAAGUUGCCUUGUAUUGAACUUAAAAGCCUACACUGUAAGUCUGUAACGGUCACAGAUGCUAUAUAUUUACAGCAAGUAUGCUGUUUUCAGUUCUUUUCACCUGUUGCUGGCCGUGGGAUUUUUGAAGAUUUAGCUAAUCUUUUGGUUUCA